AUGAGUAGUAGUAAUACACAGGCAACUGGAAUCAGAAAUGACUUGUCAGAUGGAGGCAAUAGGAUGGCCAAUUACAUUAGGUCACUACCAUUGGCCACAAGAUUCUACUUCUUCUUAUGUGUAGGUGUCUUUAUAUUUGAAUGCUUCAAUCAAGUCACUAUAAUGGGUACAUGCUUCCUACCAAGUUCACUCUUUACACAUUAUAACAAGUUAUAUACAUUGAUAACAUCAGCAUUCGUACACACUGAUGCAUUUCAUCUAUUAUUCAACAUGUUGUCAUUCUUGUCAUUGGCCACCGCACUAGAGUCCAAACGAUUUGGAUCAUUGUUAUUCUUCUAUCUCAUACUAUUGUUCAGUCUACUCGUCAGUAUUAUGCUCUAUGCCGUUACAUUCCUGAUAUCAUACCCUCCAUUGAACAAUCCAAGUUCAAUGAACUCAUGUGUCGUCGGUCUCUCUGGCGUCAUCUUUGCCCUCCUCCAGAUCCUAUGCUUUGGUAAUGCUCACAGCACAAGUCUGUUUGGAUUCUUGAAGAUGCCAUUGAAGUUGUACCCUUGGUUCUCAUUGUUAUUGACAUCGUUUGUAUUGCAGAAUGUGUCAUUCUCUGGACAUCUAAGCGGUAUCUUUGUUGGAACAUUAUAUGAGUAUGGUAUAUUGGAUGUUCUGAUACCAUCACAUGCAUUCCUGGUCAAAGUGGAACUGUCACCAUCAUUUGGAUCAAUACUGAGUACAGUUGGAUAUAUUACCAAUCCUCAAUAUGGCACUACAUCAUCAUUCCACAACACAACAACUACCAAUGUAUCAGUGUCCACCAUCACAUCAUGGUAUCAGAGAGCUAGAGAUAGAGUCUUUGGUAGUGGCGGCAAUGUAGGUGGCAGUGCAGACAACUCAUCAAGGUUCACUGGUCUUGGACAAGGUAGAGUGCUUGGUAGCACAUCGCCUGGCGUUAUAACGCCCAACAUGUCUAGCGAGCCUACACCACCAAUAGUUUCUCCCAUGGUUGGACAACUAUCCAACCAUUCUCCACAUUCUCCGCAGACAUUGUAG